UGGCUGACACUUUUACGAGCUGAACGUCGCCCCGAAAGAGAGAAGGUCAAGGAAUCACAGCCUGCUUGAGAAGGAACAUCUGCAUCCUUCACUGUGGUCCCAAACCAUGAAUAUUGUGGGCCAGUUGGCAGAGACUGUGUAUGUGACGGUCAAAGAGCUGUACAGUGGCCUCAACCCUGCCACUCUCACCGGAGGGAUAGAUGUCAUCGUGGUACGACAGCCUGAUGGGUCGUUCCAGUGUUCACCUUUUCAUGUCCGCUUUGGCAAACUGGGAGUGCUUCGCUCCAAGGAGAAAAUUGUGGACAUUGAGAUAAAUGGAGAAUCAGUUGACCUGCACAUGAAACUGGGGGACAAUGGUGAAGCUUUUUUUGUGGAACAAAAUGAAAACUUGGAGACGGAAGUCCCUGCCCAUCUCUGCACUUCCCCUAUUCCUCUUGAUGACCCAGAAGAGACGACCGAAGCAUCCUCAGUCUCUGGUUCCGGAACGCGCAAGAAGAGGCGUCGUCGGAAACGCGCGCGCUCAGAUAGUCACCAAAGAGAAGAGGGCAUCUCCUCUUCAGAUGAACAGGACAAGGAAUUGGACAAAGAUCAUAGUGGACAAGAUAGUCCAAAUAAAGAAAACCAUGCCACACAGUUGCAAGUCAGUAAAUCGGUGUACUACUCGUUGUCUGAGGAGCCACCCGAGGAGGAGCUGGAGGUCAGAGAUGCUCACCGACACUCAGAUGGAGACCAGUCACCUGUAGAAAACAGUGUGUUCGACAGCCGUCCAUCCUCUCCUAAGAGUGACUCUGAACUUGUGGUGAAAAACCAUGAGUCUUCUGGAGUACUGAUGCAGUGGAACUGGGGUGGCUUUCCCAUGCCACGCCACUCUGAGAGAUCCUCAGUGGAAAUCCAGCAUUCUGAAACUCAUUUUCGCACUAUUCAGAGGCAAGACUCAUUUGACAUGGGCAAUGAGCCUGUGAACAAUUUUAGCAGAGUGCGCCGUGUAACUGUGGUCAGACCACAACCCAGGACUCAGUCACUAGACCUGAGUAACUAUGCUUUACAAACAAUGCCUCUGACGUUUGAUAACAACCAUACAUUGACCAGUUUAACCCUUUGUGACCAAUCAAAAAGUGGCUCAGAGAAGGAUGACUCUGAAAUCUCUGCCCAUGCAGACAGUUCAGUCAAUAUUAGCUAUGUUAGUGGCAUAAGUGAUACAGCGGAUGCACAAACUAAUAUAGAAAGUCAACCAGGUAAAGAAAGCCAAGACACUCAGGUCGCAACAAAUGUCCCAGACAACGAAAGUGUAGUUAGUGCAGCAUCCUCAAAUAUUCAGCAGACUGAGCAUUGGGAACAAGGCUACACUAGUAGCACCCCUGUGAGUGAGGGUGACCGUGGAAUAGAUCCCUGCUCUGAGAGCGUGAAAGAGAAUGGCAGACCUGAUGUGGCAGACUUUGCUUCUCCAAAAGAUGACGCUAAAGACAAUGAAGUCAGUGGGAAAACUGCUGAAGAAUUAGGAAACUUCUCCGAAAAAUCUAACAAUCAAGAACAAGACAAAAAGAAGGGCAAACGUAACCAUCAUCUGGGACCAACAGGCAUUUACUUGGAUGAUCUGACUUCACUUGAUCCUGAGCUUGCAGCUCUCUACUUCCCCAAAAGUGAAACAGAGCGUUCCUCCCCUCCUGUUGUAGAGCGAGGUUCUGGCUCAGGAAGUCAAUCACCGCAAUCUAUGGGUGCACUGGAUAGUGGUACAGAAUACCUGUCAGAUUCUGCGUCCUACACAACAGAAGUCAGCAUGUCCCUCUGUGGAUGCGUAGGUGACACCAGUCAAAUCACCAAAGAUAAGUUUUUGGAGCACUUAGUGUCAUACCAAGACUUUGUCAACAAUCCAGGAAUCGUUGAUGAUCCUAGUCUUGUGAUAUGUAUCAAUUCCAAUUAUUAUAACUGGGCAGUGGCUGCUCCAAUGAUCUUGUCACUGACCGCUUUCCAGAAGAAUUUACCCAAGAGUACUGUUGAGAGCUUAGUGAAAGACAAGAUGCCCAAAAAGUCUGGCCGCUGGUGGUUUUCCUGGAGGAGACGUGACUUAGACAAUAAUCAGCCCCCAAAAAAGGAUGAGGAGGCAAUGCUGCGUGGGGAUCCUAGCGCAGUCACAGACGCGCUGUGUGAUGCAGAAAGUGUUGCUGCAGCAAAUCAAAAAGCCAUCAUUUCUUCUAGCCUGUCAACAGAAACACUUCGCACCACUCAUUGUCUCACUCAGUUGUACCGCAAAUCACUUCGCCUGACAUCUGAACAGAUAGAGAACCUAAAUCUGCGCGAAGGAGCCAACAAGGUGAUAUUUAGUGUGACCACUCAGUACCAGGGAACCUGUCGCUGUGAGGCCGCCAUCUAUUUGUGGAACUGGGACGACCGUAUCAUCAUUUCGGACAUAGACGGCACAAUUACCAAGUCUGAUGCUCUGGGACACAUCCUGCCUCAGUUUGGCAAAGACUGGACACACAAAGACAUUGCUAAGCUCUACCACAAAAUUCACCAAAAUGGCUACAAGUUUCUGUAUUGUUCUGCGCGAGCGAUAGGCAUGGCCGCCAUCACGAAGAACUACCUGCAGUGGGUCAAUGACAAAGGCACUGUUCUCCCGAAAGGCCCAGUACUGCUGGCCCCGAGCAGCCUAUUUUCAGCACUGCACAGGGAGGUGAUUGAGAAGAAGCCAGAGGUCUUUAAAGUUGCUUGUCUCAGUGACAUCAGAGACUUAUUCAAUCCCAAAAGACAGCCUUUCUACGCCGCCUUUGGAAACAGGACCAACGAUGCUUAUGCCUACACACAGGUAGGGGUACUCGACACCAGGAUAUUUACUGUCAAUCCAAAAGGGGAGCUGAUCCAGGAGAUGACCAAAGGAAACAAGUCCUCGUAUAGCCAUCUAGGUGAGCUAGUGGAACAUUUCUUCCCAGCGCUUGAUGGGAGUGGCUCCUUUGCUUUUGCGUGUCCUGAGUUCAGCAGCGUCACCUAUUGGAAGGAACCACUGCCAGAACUGGACCUCGAGACACUACUGUAGACACGCCAUUCUUACCUUAUGCCAAAAUACAUAGCCAUUCUCUGCCUUAAUAUUUACAGCGACGUGUUGCCAGACAUUUCCCACCUUGCCUUUGACUGCCUUUGAAUCCUCGUUGGUGUUACUAAGAUGCCGUAACUGUCAAACAUUCCUCAUUUAGUGAUAGCUGAGAAUGUCAGUGCAAAAAGAUCUAAUUACACUACUCUGACUGACUUAUGUCCAAAUGCAUUACCUACAAUCUUUUUAAUGUAAAACAUAAAUAUGCAAAUGUUGAAGUUAUGUUUUACCUUUAUUAGUUGCAUUCACAAUCAUUCCCGUUGUUUGUGUAUGGCACCUUUUAACACUGUGGAACAUAUCAACUCAAAGCAUGGGCCAAAAAUAAUCGUAAUGCCAAACUUGUAGCUACUAAUGUGUGCGGUUUUUUUUUUGUUUUUGCUUUGUUUUCUGAGACAGGGACCAUUUGAAUUCCCAACCAGUGAUGUGACUUUCCUGUUCAGCAGUCAUGAGAGUUUGAUGUUGACUUGAGAGGUGUGUUGGAGAGGAUUUAUGGUUGGUUAUGGAGUUGUGUUGGCUCAUGUGGUUUGUCCGUUAUAUUGUUCAAAUAUAGCCAUGGUACGCAUGAAUUUAAGGUAUGACAAUUCCUCAUUAAGCCUGUACACACUACUGGGUUAAUAGUUGGAAAUGGUUGCUUUAAUAUGAUUACAGAAUGACUGUGAUGGCAAGUUUUAAAAAAAUGUUUGAAAUAGCACAUUUCACUUAUUCCUUCUAGUUACUGCACAACUACUUUUAAAAAUGCUUGUACACUGUGAAUGAGAAAGGCUUUAAUUUUAUAGAGACUUUUUGCCAGAUUCAGGAAGUGUGCUGAACUUUAAUGGUUAGGAUUGUUAAAUGACUCAUAUUUAUUUUUAUCCUAUCCUACUUUUCAUGUUUGACAGAUGUAAGGGAUUUAUUGGAGGUAGUUGAAAAUGAUGUUUGGAAAUGGUAUGCGUGCUCGGAUUG